AUGGUUGAACCAUACUCCGCGGUCUGCGUCCAGAUUGUUCGUUCAUUGAAGGGCUUUCGGGCGAUGCCGCUAUCCUUCACGGUCCCGGCUGCCACCACGCUCCUCGCCUAUCUCAACGCAAGAUGGUCCAUGUUUUACGACGCCAAACUGAUCAACGCUGUUGCCACAGCUGUUGUCCGCCGGUUUCUCCGGAUAAGGAAUGGGCGUGGGAACCUCUUUUACGCACUUGAAGAGCAUGCAUUGAGCGCAAAAUCGGCGCAGCGGCCUUUCUUAGUGUAUCAGGGCAAGAUCUGGACUUUUAAGGAGACAUAUGAGACUGUUUUGCGAUAUGGGACCUGGCUGAAACAGGUUCAUCAAGUAAAGCCUGGUGACGUGGUCGCGAUGGAUUUCAUGAAUUCUCCAACGUUUGUGUUCAUGUGGAUGGGCCUCUGGAGUAUCGGCGCCAUCCCUUCGAUGAUCAAUUACAACCUAGCAAAGGCCCCGUUGGAGCACUGUGUCCGGAUUUGCGAUACCAAGUUGCUAGUAGUUGAUGGCGAGCUGCGUCCCCUCUUCCCGCCCGAGCAGUUGGCGGCAUUCAGUGCGCCCGAUUUUAGGAAAGGCGGGGGCUCUGUUGAAGUCGUAAUCCAUGACGACGAGUUGGAGUCUCAAAUCAUGCAGAUGGAACCCACGCGAGCACCAGAUUCUGACCGCGCGAACCAAGAAGUCAAUUCCACUUGCAUGUUUAUCUAUACUAGUGGCACAACCGGGCUACCCAAAGCCGCUAUCAUCAACUGGGGCAAAGCAAUGACCGCCGCAACCUUUAUAUAUUUGACCAUGGGCUUGCGGCAGACAGACCGCGUGUACACCUGCAUGCCGCUAUACCACUCAACCGCCGGACUUCUUGGAUAUAUGGCUUGCUUACUCAAAGGCAGCAGUUUAGCCAUUGGUCGCAAAUUUUCAGCAAGGAACUUCUGGAAUGAAGUAAGAGAAAAUGACGCAACCGUAGUGCAAUACGUUGGAGAAACACUCCGGUAUCUACUAGCUACUACCCCUCAAAUAGAUCCAAUAACUGGCGAAAAUAUGGAUCAAAAGCACAAUGUCCGAAUGGCCUAUGGAAACGGCCUCCGACCGGAUGUCUGGAACCGUUUCAAAGAGAGAUUUGGAAUCGAUACUAUUGCAGAGUUGUAUGGCGCAACCGAGGGCUUGUCGAUGAGCCUCAAUCUUUCAAGGAAUAACUAUUCCACCGGGGCCAUUGGUCGCAACGGCGCUCUAGGGAACUUCAUUUUAUCCAUAUCCUCAACUAUUAUCGAAUUAGACCCCAUUACGGAACUGCCGCGUCGUGACCCAAAGACAGGUCUCUGCGUACAAGCUGUAAGGGGCGAGCCAGGGGAAUUGCUGUAUGCCGUUGAUGCAGCAAACAUCAAGGAUACAUUUCCAGGGUACGUUGGCAACCAGGAAGCUAACAACAAGAAAAUCAUUCGCGAUGUCCGAAAAAAGGGAGAUGCAUGGUAUCGCACGGGAGAUAUGAUCCGAUGGUACCCCAGUGGUCUGUGGUAUUUCUCCGACCGGAUCGGAGACACCUUCCGCUGGCGAAGCGAAAACGUGUCGACAAACGAAGUUAGCGAAGUUUUGGGCAACCACCCGGACAUUCAUGAGGCGAAUGUGUAUGGAGUCGAAGUACCGCAUCACGACGGCAGGGCCGGCUGUGCCGCUAUCAUCUUCAAAGAACAGGCCCAAAAUCCCAAUUCCGACGCCGUUCUUGAACCGCCUGAGAAAGUCUUGCGAUCGCUGGCGUCCCAUGCCUCUGCAGGUCUACCAAAGUAUGCGGUUCCAUUGUUUCUACGAGUCACUAGUUCGAUGCAGUCUACCGGCAACAACAAGCAGCAGAAGUCCCUGCUGCGGACAGAGGGUGUCAACCCGACACUAUUGCGAAACAGCAAGAGCGCCGAUCAGCUGUACUGGCUGAAAAACGGUACAUAUAUGCCCUUUGGACAGAGAGAGUGGGACGAGCUGAACGGCGGCAAGGUCAGGCUGUGA